CGGCCCCCCAUGGACGCCCCCGGCUCGGGGCGCUGAGACCCCGCGUCGCUGCCCAGCCCGGUCCAGCGCGCCACGCCGAGGGACCUCUGGACAGUAGACGACUCUGAAGCUACACCCCCAGCCCAGGACCACCCACAGACCCUGUUUGCCCCCCAGCCCUACCACCUGCCACUCCCUGGCCCCUCUCACCGCCCGCCCCCCUUGGGGUGCAGGGCAUGGUGUGAAAGGCCAAGUGCUGAGGCGGGCACCAUGGGUGCUAUGCCCUAGGGCCUGGGUGGCAGGGGGUGGGCGGCCUGUGGUUGUGCCGGGGGGGCCAGUGUGCCCACCCCAGUCUCUUGGCGUGCUGGAGGGCAUCCUGGAUGGAAUUGAAGUGAAUGGAACAGAAGCCAAGCAAGGUGGAGUGUGGGUCAGACCCAGAGGAGAACAGUGCCAGGUCACCAGAUGGAAAGCGAAAAAGAAAGAACGGCCAAUGUUCCCUGAAAACCAGCAUGUCAGGGUAUAUCCCUAGUUACCUGGACAAAGACGAGCAGUGUGUCGUGUGUGGGGACAAGGCAACCGGCUACCACUACCGCUGCAUCACUUGCGAGGGCUGCAAGGGCUUCUUUCGCCGCACAAUCCAGAAGAACCUCCAUCCCACCUACUCCUGCAAAUAUGAUAGUUGCUGUGUCAUCGACAAGAUCACCCGCAAUCAGUGCCAGCUGUGCCGCUUCAAGAAGUGCAUCGCCGUGGGCAUGGCCAUGGACUUGGUUCUAGACGACUCCAAGCGGGUGGCUAAGCGCAAGCUGAUCGAGCAGAACCGGGAGCGGCGGCGGAAGGAGGAGAUGAUCCGGUCUCUGCAGCAGCGACCAGAGCCCACUCCCGAAGAGUGGGAUCUGAUCCAUGUUGCCACGGAGGCCCAUCGCAGCACAAAUGCCCAGGGCAGCCAUUGGAAGCAGAGGCGGAAAUUCCUGCCUGAUGACAUUGGCCAGUCACCCAUCGUCUCCAUGCCGGAUGGAGACAAGGUGGACCUAGAAGCCUUCAGCGAGUUUACCAAGAUCAUCACCCCGGCCAUCACCCGCGUGGUGGACUUUGCCAAAAAACUGCCCAUGUUCUCCGAGCUGCCUUGCGAAGACCAGAUCAUCCUCCUGAAGGGGUGCUGCAUGGAGAUCAUGUCCCUGCGGGCGGCUGUCCGCUACGACCCCGAGAGCGACACACUGACCCUGAGUGGAGAGAUGGCUGUCAAGCGGGAGCAGCUCAAGAAUGGCGGCCUGGGCGUCGUCUCCGACGCCAUCUUUGAACUGGGCAAGUCACUCUCUGCCUUUAACCUGGAUGACACGGAAGUGGCUCUACUGCAGGCUGUGCUGCUAAUGUCAACAGACCGCUCGGGCCUGCUGUGUGUGGACAAGAUCGAGAAGAGUCAGGAGGCGUACCUGCUGGCGUUCGAGCACUACGUCAACCACCGCAAACACAACAUUCCGCACUUCUGGCCCAAGCUGCUGAUGAAGGAGAGAGAAGUGCAGAGUUCGAUUCUGUACAAGGGGGCAGCGGCAGAAGGCCGGCCGGGCGGGUCACUGGGCGUCCACCCGGAAGGACAGCAGCUUCUCGGAAUGCAUGUUGUUCAGGGUCCGCAGGUCCGGCAGCUUGAGCAGCAGCUUGGUGAAGCGGGAAGUCUCCAAGGGCCGGUUCUUCAGCACCAGAGCCCGAAGAGCCCGCAGCAGCGUCUCCUGGAGCUGCUCCACCGAAGCGGAGUCCUCCGUUCCCGAGCGGUCUGUGGGGAAGACGACAGCAGUGAGGCAGACUCCCUGAGCUCCUCUGACGAGGACACGGAGGAGGACGCAGCAGAGGCCGCUGCGCCAGGCAACGCGGCCUCUCCCUAAGCCCCGCCUAGGGCCCACGGGCAGGAGGAGGGGAGCAAGGCCCCUCUCCCAGGCCUCUGCCCCCACCCCCAGCAGAACCCCCCCUGCCCCCCACCGACCCCCCAGAGCUGGGAGCCUGGGCUCAGCAAGGCCAGUCACCGCCCAGCCCACAGGCCACGCUCCUUCCCUGAACAGGCCAAACACACCCCAGCUCCCCUGCUUUUCGCUCUAGUUCCCUCUGCCUGGGAUGCCCUUCCCCCUGCCUGGCAGUAUCGUACUUGUCCUUUGAGGCCCCACUCAAGUGUCACCUCCUUCCCCAGCUCCCCCAGGCAGAAAUAGUUGUCUGUGCUUCCAAAGCCCUUGGUUCAUGCUUCUACUGUGACACUUAUCUCACUGUUUUAUAUUUAGUCGGGCAUGAGUCUGUCUCCUCAGCUAGACUGUGUCUGAAUCAUGUCUGUAUCCCCAGCGCCCCGUGCAGGGCCUGGCAUAGAGUAGGUACUCCAUAAAAGGUGUGUUGAAUCGAA